AUGUCUUCCAACUCCUCCUGCGCCACUAGCAAGGUCUAUGAGAUCCCCACCUUAGAUGCUUCCUGCGGUGCCCUCCUGAAGGGCAACAUGUCCGAGGUCAUGGACACCUGCUGCAAGCAAGCCACGCCCACCAAGUACCAAGACGACUGCGGCAUCUACUGCCUGGCCCAGGGGCAGGACGUCAACCACCUCCAGAAAUGUCUGACCAGCAAGAGCGGCAACUACCGCGACGUCUUCUGUCGAGGCAACCUCAAUGCCACCGCUACCGCGAAGCCCACGGGCGCCAGAGCGACCUCUGACAGCACGACCGGCACCAGCGCCACGAGCAGCCCGACCAACGCCGCUAUCAUCAACCAGCCCAUCUCCAAGGCCGGCCUCGGACUGAUUGCUAUGGUAUUCUGCUCGGCUUUGAUGGGCGUCGUCGCUUAA